UGGUUUGUUAGCCAACUUUUAGAGCAUCAAGCGCUAACAUAGGAUCUGGGCUUCUAUGGGACUUCUGAAUUCUUUGACCACGGUCGUAUACGAAGCGACUGUUCGAUUCGUGUAAAUUCUUAAGUGAGGUUAGGUGUGGCGCGUCUUUGAUAGUGUAUUCCAAAUUUAGACAAAUGGAAACGUGAAAGUAGAAGUGUGGGCGGUUAAUACAAGUCAAGAGAUAUGAUGAGAGGAGGGCAAUGAAAGUGAAGCUGAAGAUAACGAAAAAGUGUGUAGGUUCCUCUAAGGAACUUAUUAAUUAAAGAUAAUGCAUCUGACUAGUGCAAUAUUAUUGUUUGUCAUUUCAUUGACAUCAGCAGGGGAUUACUAUGAACUCUUGGGGGUUCAGAAAACCGCUGAUCAGCGAGAAAUUAGAAAAGCUUUUAAAAAGCUUGCAGUUUCACAGCAUCCAGAUAAAAAUAAGGAAGAUCCAAAAGCACAUGAAACGUUUAUUAAACUGACCACUGCAUAUGAAGUUUUAAAAGAUCCUGAAUUAAGGAAAAAGUAUGAUCUUUAUGGUGAAGAAGGUCUUGAUGGAUCAAAUAAGCAACGAACUUAUCAAUCAUGGACUUAUUAUCAAUAUAAUUUUGGUAUUUAUGAUGAUGAUCCAGAGAUAGUGACACUCAAUAAAAAUGAUUACUAUGACAACGUUUUAAACUCUGAUAAAAUGUGGCUAGUGAACUUUUAUUCACCCAUGUGCAGUCAUUGUCAUCAUUUGGCACCAGUAUGGAGGAGUGUUGCCAAAGACCUUGAUGGGGUUAUACGCAUUGGAGCUGUCAAUUGUGAAGAUGAUUGGCAGCUUUGUCAUCAGCUUGGCAUUCAGGCAUAUCCCACCUUGCUCUAUUACCCAAAGAAUGCAAGACAAGGUGAUAAGUAUAGAGGAGAACGAACAAGGGAAGCUUUUGUACGUUUUGUACUAGAUAGAGUUGAUGCUAAAAUUCGAGAAAUAAGUAAAUCCGUAUGGAUCCUAUUGUUAAAAGGUGAUGACGUUCCUGAGCCUACAAAACGUCCAACAUUGAUCUUCGUUUGUGGAAAAGAUAACAAUUGUUUUGAACCUGAUGAACACCUUAAAGUCGCCGCUAUGUUCGAUAAAAUGGUAAAUGUCCGGAUAUUUAAUUGUGAGGAUAAGUGCUCAAGUUAUGCACUUCCUCAUAAUACCCAUGCUGUGUAUCUACCAGCUCGCAAUAAGGAGUCUUCGUCACCUGAGUUUUUCUAUGAUAUAGACGAUGUAGACCAAUUGAUUCAAAAAGUUCUGGAACAAUUGCCAGAACCACAAGAUCUUAGUGCUGAUGAAUUCAAGAGUAUUAAACGACAUCUUAGAUCAGGAUCUGAUGCUGGUUGGCUUAUAUGUUUCUAUAUGGGGCAUGAAACGAUACUAGAUUUACAAUUAAAAAGAUUACCUAGCAUUGUUCAUGAUAUCAACUUGGGUAAAAUACACUGUGGCAAAUAUCCAGACAUAUGCAAUGAUCUAAAUGUGAAUCGUUACCCUCAGUGGGGGGUUCUUAAGCCUGGAGGAGCUUUUGAAUUAACCCAUGGCAAGAGCACAAUGAAUCAUCUUGCCAAAUUUGCAGAAGAAAGUAUAAGGGCAAAGAAUGUCUGGGCUUUGUCAGCUGAAAAAAUUCUUUCCAUCAUGCAAAGAACAGAUAGUACUAGAGUGUGGUUUCUGGAUUGGUAUGCACCAUGGUGUCCACCUUGCGUACAAUUUUUACCCGAAGUACGCAAAGCAUCUCUACAUUUUGAUACUCCCGUGGUUCAUUUUGGGAUCAUAGAUUGCACAGUACAUGCAUCUAUUUGUCGACAGUAUAAUAUACGUUCCUACCCUACAGCGAUGUUAAUUAAUGGCAGUAAUACGUAUCAAUUUACUUUAGAUAAAACGGCUGCUAGCAUCGUUCAUUUUAUCAAUGAAGCAAUGAAUCCAUCAGUCAUUAGGUUAACUUCGAAGAAUUUCGAACAACGAAUAAUCAAGAAAAGAGCAAGAUUAAUUUGGGCAGUCGAUUAUUUCGCCCCAUGGUGUACACCAUGUCAACAAUUAGCUCCCAUCUGGACUUCUGUUGCAAAGGCAUUUAAUUCAUUGCCCUUUGUAAAAAUCGCUAAUGUGGAUUGUGAAGUGGAAGCUCAGUUGUGCGGAUCUCAGCGAGUUCGCAGUUAUCCCACUAUAAGACUGUAUCCUUUAGGAGGCGAUGGAUAUCAAUCACCAGCAGUGUACGAUGGUCCUAGAGAUGUGUUAUCCAUUAAAAAAUGGAUUACAGACUUCUUUCCAGUGACAGUACAAGAGUUAAAUGCAAUAACUUUGGAAGAGGAUGCCCUGAUAAGUAAGGAUAUAUGGUUGGUGGAUUAUUUUGCACCUUGGUGCAGUCACUGCCACAGCUUGGAACCCGAAUUUGCAAUUGCUGCACAACUGCUGGAUGGAGAAGUUCGUCUUGGUCGGAUAAAUUGCGAUAACUUUAGGUCACAAUGUGUCAAAGCUGGCGUUCGAGCAUACCCAACAUUAAUUCUUUAUGGUUUACGUCACAAAAAUCAGUACGAUAUCUAUAAAGGUGUUCAAGUGCAAGCGACAACAGGCGAAGAAAUAAAAGAGAACGUCCUUAAGUUAAUAAGCUCUAUUGGCAAAAAAGCGCAUGAUGAACUCUAACGGAACAGGAACGUAUGGUGAUGAAUUUCACAUUCAAAAUUACUGGGGUUAUCAAAUACUAAUUUUGGUGAAUUGUACUAAAACACGUCUUAUUUGUUUAAUAAUAUCGUAAGGAAUUCAAAGUAUUAUGGGCAGUGAAUUUAUAAUGUAAAUUUAUGGGAAAUAUCUCCAUUCUUCCAAUUUUAAUAGAAGGAAUCAUUAGAGAACUAAUGAAACAGUAUACCGGCUUUAACACUGGUUACUUAUCAUGUGAUAUUAAAUUCCAUUACAACUAUGCACAUUAACUCGUAUGCAGUAAACAUUGUAUCGACUUAGAUGUGUAGAACUAAUUGUAUAAAGAAAUCGAUUUUUACUAAAAUCAGUUUGAAAUGAUGUUGCUAUGGUUUCAAAACACCACGGUAUCAUUGAUAUUGGUAAUUUGUUUUUAUUGUAAUACAUGUCAAGAAUUGUAAUUCAAGGAAUAUUUUGAGUAUCUUUCAUUUUAUAAGAAAUGAACAAUUGUAUAAAGAGGCAAUACGGAUUUAACAAGAAAUUAAAAACUGAUUUAAGUAAUAUAUCGAUUUAUAUGUAGGAGCCAAUUAACUUGAUUUCUUUUUUAUUCAUUUUUCUCAAAUCGUGAUAUUAUAGGACUUCCAAGUGACUUGGAAGUAACUUAGAAAUUUGCAUGUCGAGGUAUCAACGUGUAUGUAUAGUUACACUUAGCAACUGAUAGGACUUUCGUACAACGCUUUACUAUUCAAUCUAAUAGUUUAUCACAGAUGAAAUUACACAUGAGAUUCCUUGGAAAAAUACUUCCAUAAAUGAAAUAUUUUUAAAACAAAUGACAUCAUUUGUUUUUUUAGUGAAUACUGGUGUGGUUUAAUUUUGCAAAUGCUGAUCGACAAUGAGCUUAUCAUUGUAUAUUGUGUAGAUUAUGAAGAUGAAAUAGGUACUUUAUAUUCCAAUGUAGAUCCUAUAGGGUAACAAUGUUAGGUAUAUCAUUCUGCAGCAUUCAAUGCAAUAAAUAACUCGUAAUGAACAA